AUGGCAUACAAGACAGAAGAAAGGCCAAGACUUGCAGGGGCAGCAGACCGUGCAGCAUACUGUCGUCGCACGUCUGUCUUUCUGCCUCGCGACUCUGUUUCGCUCUCCCUCUCUCCCUCUCUCCCUCUCUUUCUUUCUCUCUUUCUCUCUUUCUCUCUUUCUCUCUUUCUCUCUUUCUCUCUUUCUCUCUUUCUCUCUUUCUCUCUUUCUCUCUUUCUCUCUUUCUCUCUUUCUCUCUUUGUCUCUUUGUCUCUUUCUCUCUCUCUCUCUCUCUCUCGCUCUCUUUUUCUUGCUUGCGCAGACGAUUUUUCUAGCGGGCCUCGGAGUUCCAACAGCGGCCUCAACUUCGAUGGUCAGCUUCCAGUGCCUCGCAGUCUUGGGGACGGAAGCAAUCGCAGCAAGAGUGUUGCUGUGGGACCUGGCAGGAUGACAUCACAUCGCGAAGGCGUAAACUCGGCCGGGAGUUCCGGAUCCAGCACCUGCGAUAAGUGCGAUGGUAAGCAUCCAACUGACAGGUGCCCGCACUUCCAGAAAGAGAGGGAAAAGCACAAAGAUGCCUGGGUCAACUAUGGCUGCAAGAACAACCCGCACCAAAUGGGUGGCAACCCUGGCAACUUCGUCCUCAGGAACGCGCGGGUUGUUCGCCAACCUGGAGAUGGCAGCUGCUUGUACCAUUCCCUCAGCUAUGGACUAGGCGACACCGAUGCAAGAAGCCUUCGUCGAGAGUUAGCCCAGUUCCUCCGCGACCGACCGAGCUUGGAGAUUGCCGGAGACACGCUCGAGGAAUGGGUUCGGUGGGACUCGAACUCUUCUGUCGACCAGUACGCCAGUCGUCAGAGCAUGUCUGGCUGGGGCGGCGGCAUCGAAAUGGCCUGCUGCUCGCAGUUGAAGAACGUAAACAUCCAUGUUUACGAGAGCGUCAGCAGGAAUUCCUGCGACUUCAAGCGGAUCUCAUGCUUUGAUGCCCCGAAGCAGGACCGAUACGUUCGCACCGUCCAUGUACUCUAUCAAGGAGGACUGCAUUACGACGCCUUGCAGCCCCCAUGA